CUCCCCAAGUGUGUAAGUGCAGUAACUUUCUUGCAGCUGGCUGAGCUGUCCCCCCCAAUAUCAGGAGUGCCCUCUAGGCGGCUGCCCCUUUUGCAUAUAGGUGGCACUGACCCUGUACUGACACAAACUGGCAUCCCUAUUAUGUUGGUGUAAAAGCUGCCUCAUCUGAGGAGUGCAGCUAUUAUCUAUACAGUAGAAACAUAUUACAAUAUGGCUCCUCCUGCUUUUUUUUUUACUCGAGGUGACAAUUCUGCCCUCAGUAUGACCGGGUCAUUGCAGUGUUCAGUACAAGCUGGAAUGGCUCAGUAUGGCGCAGCCACCAACCUAUAUCUGCGUUCACAUACUAUGUAGUCCGUUUACACAUAGUCACACUGCGUUUUUACUUUCAUUUUCACAUUGGAAAGUAGGGUCUUUCGUCUACGUAGUUCUGGUAUAACAGCACAGUGUGGCCCACUGCAGACGCCGUACUAUCCUCCUAACGACCGUUGCCAAGAAGCGAAUGUCGCAAACAAAGGCUUGAUCCGGGUAGACGGGGACAUUUUCAAGUGAAUCCGCAUGUGAGGACAGCCGAGGGUGUUUGCAGUCUUUAUACACGGUCUCCUACUAUAUCUGGGGCUGGACAAGAAAUGACUGAAAAUCUAACAAAAAUGAAGGAGCAGUCCAUGGAAGCACCUAGGAUUCAUGUUGAAAGAACCUUAGCACUUAUCAAACCAGAUGUUCUCCAUAAAGCAGAAGAAAUUGAGGACAUAAUUCUAUGUAGUGGAUUCCAUAUUGUUCGGAAAAUGAAAUUACAUCUAAGUCCAGAAAAAUGUAGCGACUUCUAUGCAGAACAAUAUGGAAAAAUGUUUUUCCCUAGUUUGACUGCUUACAUGAGUUCUGGACCAAUAAUUGCUUUGGAACUGGCAAGACAUGAUGCCAUAAACUUCUGGAGACAAGUAAUGGGACCAUCAAAUAGCUUAAAAGCUAAAGAAACUCAUCCUGAAAGUAUUAGGGCUAUCUAUGGAACAGAUGAUCUCCGCAAUGCUGUACACGGCAGUUAUUGUUUAACUUCAGCUGAACGUGAAAUUCGAUUUAUGUUUCCUGAAGCUCCCAUUGAACCUAUGCCCAGUGGACAAAUAGCCAUGGAUUAUCUGGACCUUUUUGUUAAUUCAACAUUGCUCUCUGGACUUAUUAACCUGUGCAAGCAGAAACCAUCUGACCCAUAUAUAUGGCUUGCUGAUUGGCUGUUGAAGCACAACACAAACAGACCUGGAGUUCACAAUGAAACCAUUUAAGACUUAACUUAAAAUAACAGCUACAAAUAAUUUAUAAGUGUAAAAUGAUUUUCUUCUUACUUGUUCAUUAUUUCAUUAUCAACAAUCAAAAUUUAUAGUAAAAAGUGAAAAUGUGACAGUU